CGUCCCCCAGAGUGUCCGUCUCUUCUGACUCGUCCUGGACAUCCAAGGCGGACGGCCUUUGCAUUCCUCGCGUCCACCGGUGCCGCCCACGCCAGCCGCCCACCCCUCUCACCGCACCACACCUGCAACCCCUGCGACAUCGGCUUCAUUUCCGAUAUACAUACAUAUCCAUAUCAUCUGACUUUGGUGCAUUCCGGAGUGCAGGGACACACCCACUCGCCCCGUCGACGAUACCCAAAUAUUUCCAUCCAAACUAGUACACUUCAUGACCUUCCAGCAUGAUCCACUCCAGUUCGGAAACAACAGCCAAUUCACCAGCUCCGAUUAGUCCUUUCUCUACCUAUUCAGUCGCGAGUGAACCUACGUCUGAUGAGGCGCCGGACCUCGGCGCUUUCACGUCUGUCUUCCGCGAGUUCCAGCAUUUCCACACUGGCCCCCCUAGAAUCUUACAUCCGAAUAAUAACACCUUUGAACGCGACGUAGACGGUCCCUCCUCAAGAUCUGCCACAUCAGUCCUUUACUCCCUAGAUUCGGAGGCGCGCGCAGAUUCAACAGUAUGGAACCAAGGCAUCCUCGCAUCAUACCUCCGCUCUCACACCUCCACUUCUCUAUCACAAAGUGUCGCUGACGCACGGCUAGCAGUUGCUGUUGACAACACGACAGACUAUGGAAAUGAAAGCAGCCUCGGAGACUCGAUUGAUAACGUCGCCUCUACAGACGACGGCUCCGAGUCAGAGACAGAAGGUGAACUAGAUCCCCCUACUCUAGUUCCAGACUCAGUGGAGUCGAUCAACACGGUCAUGGACCCUGACUAUCCUACGCUUGGUACCAUCGACAGCGUUAUCGAGUUCUUGAACGCAGAGCGGCAUAGGGUACGGGCAGGUCGGCAAGCAGAACCAAAGAUCGUUCAUUACAGCUCUCCGUCAGAUGUGGGGACACACAGAAGUCACAACCAAGAGAUACGGCGAGGUCGGCGGCGCAAGCGGAAGAAGACGACGAAACCAGUAGAGAUCCUGAAGAGGGUGCGAGAUACCUCGGUGAUGGCUUCUGAAACGAUGACUGGUAUCCUUGCAGAGGAUACUAGUGGAGAUGCCGAUAGAGAUGACCUCCCCGCACCAGAUCCAAACCUAGAUUCAUCUUCCUCGUUCGAAAGCUUUUCAAUACACUACAAGUCGACACCUUCAACUCCACCCAGGACAAAGGCGUCUUCACUCGUUCGAGAGAAAUUGAAGCACAGCAAGUCAACUCCAACAUUGCAAGUACAGACUAUACCCCCGGAUCCGCAAGUCUUGAAAUUGCGGUGUUUAGCACACAAGUUACGACUGAAGUUCCCGGAAGACUAUGAUCGAAUUACUGCUUUACUAACCCAAGAUUUCAGUGGUGGGGAUUCAGACUUCUCUGAUCCCAGAGGACCAGCACCCCGCCCAAGGGACACCUUGAUCCACGUAUUUAUUGACCAUUCCAAUAUUUUGAUUGGCCUUUUGAUGUAUCACAAGAAGCAUCGAUCAACUCCUCGACGCCCGAAGCAUCUGUCACACGCCGCUUUAGCUUUACUCCUCGAACGUGGUCGUCCGAUAACACGACGAUGCCUUGUUACUUCUUCACCUCUCUACCAACCCAUGGACACUGCCGAACAAUUAGGGUACGAAGUACGCAUAUAUGCACGCGUGCCUGACGACGGAAAGGGCCAAGACCGCCGCUCCAGUCACGGUCAUACGCAUACGCCAGAUUUGUCCACAUUCCGGAAUGCAAGUUGGCGCAAGUCUGACGCUGGAACAUCGCCCACCUCCAAGGGGCACGCGCGGGGUAGCUCAGUAGGGAGUGAUUCUGAUCCUAAUGGCUCACAUGCCAUGAGUUCGUCGUCAUCAUUAACACGUCCCCUCGGAAGCCUAUCCUCACGAGUGCGGUACCGGGAGCAGGGAGUGGAUGAACUACUACAACUCAAGUUACAUCAAGCCAUCGCGGACGUGGACGUUCCUCCUCCCAAUGCAACGAUCGUCCUCGCCACGGGUGAUGGGAAUGUGGGACAAUUUAAUGAUGACGGGUUCUUGGGGCCCGUCCGCACCGCUCUGAAGAAGGGUUGGAAGGUCGAGUUAUAUGCAUGGGAAGACGGCCUAAGCCGAGCAUGGAAAAGGGAGUUCGCGGAAGGUCCGUAUAAAGAUCGCUUUAGGAUAAUCAAGAUGGAGGAUUUUGCAUAUGAUCUACUGGAGGUGGAUGUGGAGGCAAAGGAGUAGGUGUCUUUCCCACCCCACGAGUGCGAUUCCCCAGACAAUUGUGGGGCGUCAGGCUUUUCUGACCACAGAGCUAUGACGUCUGUGGCCUAUGCAGGUUCUUGUUUUCUCGUUCGCAUGACCUUAUCAUUUCCACUCUAUACCUCGAGCAUUUUGUAUCGUUCAUCAUCGGCAUGCUAGUUACAACUUU